AUGUCCGUCGAAGAAAUUCCUCAAGGUGCCGAAGUAAGCAUCAUCUCCAAGAAUGAGAAGAAAGCUAGAGAAACUAUCAAAAAAUUCAACUUGAAGCAAAUAAAGGGAAUUUCCAGAGUGACCUUCAAGCAAAAGGGUAACUUGAUUUAUGCCAUCGAUGAGCCAGAUGUUUAUAAAUCAGCUGCAGGAACUUAUGUUGUGUUUGGAGAAGCCAAGGUUGAUGAUAUGAACCAACGUAUCGCUGAUGCUCAAGCUCAACAGCAGGCUGCCGCAGAUUCAGCAGCCACUGAAGGCGAGGGCAAGGAUGACGUCACGACUGAUAAGUCACCUGAGGCUAUUACUGCUGAUCUUGAGAAAGCUUCUUUAAACAGUGCCAAGCCUGACGAAGUUGAUGAAAAUGAUCUCAACGAAGAAGGUUUGGAGUCCUCCGAUAUCGAUAUUAUCGUGGAGCAAACACACGUCUCCAGGGCACGUGCUAUUGCCGCUUUGAGGAAGCAUAAGAAUGAUAUGGUGAACGCCAUUAUGGAAUUAUCUUAG